AUGGCUCAUCAUAGUUUAGGGGAUCCCGCAUGGGCUUAUGCCCGUGCAGGUGCUUCCUCUGCUUCUGUGGCCUCUGCCCCUGCAAGAUCAGAUGAUCCCGCAUGGGCUCAUGCUCGUGCAGUGCCUAAUGCAAAAAAUAACACUAUAUGUUUGCAUUGUAAUAAGUUGAUUAAAGGGGGUGGUAUUACUAGACUUAAGUAUCAUCUUGCUGGGAUUAGAGAAAUUGGGAACCCAUAUGAUGUUGAUGAGGAGGAGGAGGAGGAGGAGGAGGAUGAGGUUAGGGUUGUUGAAAAGAGUCCCCCUCAAACAUUAGGUAAACGAAAAUCUAGGGGAAAGGAUGUUGACAAUGAUAUGGGUCAAAUAAGAGGAAAGAAGAAAAUUAAGAGUUAUUUUGCUCCUAGAACAACCCCCGGUGCUCAACCCUCUAUAAGAAGUGCUUUGGCUACAAAAGCAAUGAUUGAUAAUGCAAAAAUGAAUGUGGCAAGAUGGUGGUAUCAUUCUAAUGUACCCUUUUAUGCAUCUCAGUCACCCUAUUAUCAACCUAUGAUUGAUUCCAUUGCUGCUAUUGGGUCGGGAUUUAAGGGGCCUUCUUUUUAUGAGUUGAGGGGACCCCUUUUGAAAAAUGCUGUCCAUGAAGUUAUUGAUUUUUUGUUAGAUAUAAAAAAUGAUUGGAAAGUAUAUGGCUGUUCACUGAUGUCUGAUGGGUGGACAAAUCAAAAGCAACAACCAAUAAUGAAUUUUUUGGUGUAUUGUCCAAGGGGAGCCAUAUUCUUGAAAUCUAUUGACACUUCAGGCCUUACAAAGGAUGCUGAAACUUUGUUUAAUAUAUUUGAUUCUGUUGUUCAAGAAAUUGGUGUGGAAUAUAUUGUGCAAUUGAUUACAGAUAAUGCUUCUGCCUAUAAGAAAGCUGGAAAAAAAUUACAGCAGAAGUAUGGUACUUUAUUUUGGUUUCCUUGUGCAGCUCAUUGCAUAGACUUGAUGUUGGAGAAUAUUGCUAAUCCUAGGUGGUUCCCUCUUAUUGAUGAAGCAAUUAAGAAGGAAAAAAAGAUAACAAAGUUCAUUUACAACCAUGGAGUUGUUUUAGACUUGAUGAGGCAAGAUUUUACAAAUGGAAGAGAGUUAUGUCGUCCUGCAAUUACAAGGUUUGCCACUAACUUCUUAAGUCUACAAAGCAUGCUAAGGUUCAAAAAAGAGCUUAGACAAAUGUUCACUUGUGAUAAAUGGCUUUCAUGCCCCCAUGCUAAGACUGCCGUUGGGAAGGAGAUAAGUAAAAUUGUUUUGGAAGAUUAUGCGUUUUGGUCUCAAUGCAAGCACAUAGUGAAAGUUAGUGAGCCUUUAGUUAGAGUACUUCGUCUUGUUGAUGGGGAUGAGAAACCUGCUAUGGGGUACUUGUAUGAAGUAAUAGACAAAGCAAAAGAGGAAAUAAAAAGAAGGUUGAAGAACAAAGUUUCUUUGUAUGGACAUUAUGUUAGAGUUAUUGAUACUAGAUGGGAAAAACAACUUCAUAGUCCUCUGCAUGCAGCAGGUUGCUUUCUUAACCCUGCAAUAUACUUUAGGCCUUCAUUUAAAAGGCAAAAUGAAGUUCAAAGAGGGUUGCUAAGCACUCUAAUGAGUGCAACUGGUUGUGAGAGAAAUUUGAGCACAUUUGAAUAUGUUCACUCAAAGAAGAGAAAUAGAUUGGAACAUAAACGAGUAAAUGAUUUGGUCUUUGUCCAUUAUAAUUUGAGGCUUCGAGAAAGGAACAUUCAAAGGAAUAAGUAUGGAAUGGAUCCUAUAAGCUUGGAUAACAUUGACUUGAUGGGAGAUUGGGUGGCUGAAGAACCUGCACUUCUUAAUCCAGAUGACAUAAAUUGGGAUUGUCUUAAUGAACUAGCAACCCUAGUGAAUGUGGAAGAGGAUGCUGAACUUGAAACUAUUGAUGUUGAUGACGAUGAUGAUGAUGACAACAACAAUGAACAUGUCUUGACAAAUCUUCCAAUGGGUGCUAGUAGUUCUUAUGGGAGUUCUUUUGAUGAUGAGUUUGAUCCUUUUUUCAUGGAUGAUGAUGAGGAGGAGUAG